AUGUCACCAUCACAAGGUCCUUCCAAGUCCGCCCUCAAAACUUCUCUUCCCUCUGCAUACGCCGCUGUCAACGCCGAACAACCACAUGGAUACGAAUCAUUGCCCACCAAAAAAGAGCAGGAGAAAUACCUAGCAAACCGACCAGGUGCAAAUGCCCAACACUUGGGAAUUGCACUACAACAUGCCCAUCAAAUCCAAGCCCAGAAGGUCGCCGAAGAGAUGAUCCUAGACCGCACCGUGGAACUUAUCUCUAUCCCCACUUCAUCCUCAGCAGACCCUGCCGCACCCUCCACAGAAGACGCACGAACUUUUAAGUCUGCGCUCUUUGUCUUCCGACCGACUGAUUACGAUAAUCUCAUUACGGAACGAAACUACGAAGAUCUCUGUGGCUAUGGACUCUGUCCACGUGAAAAUCGCAAAGCGUCGGCAAACGCCAAGGGUCAGACUUUUCAUUUCAAAUACGGUGCUAAAGGUAGUGGACCGGGCGGACGAGGACGCAGCGUCGAUAUAGUGUCUCGGGAUAAACUAGAGAAAUGGUGCUCGGAUGAGUGUGCAGAGCGGGCACUUUUUAUUCGGGUACAACUGGCAGAAGCACCUAUCUGGGAAAGAAGGGCUGAUGAUAUACGCGCCAACCAUAUCGAAUUGCUGGAGGAGGCAAGAGCUAAACGCCAGAAGCAGAAGCAGAAGCAAAAGCAGACACAGGCUGAAGGUUUAUCGACUGCAAGUGUGACUGACGGCAUGAGCAACUUGAAUAUUCAAGAGGAUCGUUCUCAGGAACUAGCGAUCGAGCGAGGAGAUACAGCACCUGCUCUUCGCAAUGGUCGUAUAGAAAUCCAGAUCAAAGAGAAGGAGAGUGCUGGUUCAUCUGCGAGCGCACCCCAGUGGAAACCAGAGGAUGCGACUGGAGGUUCCAUUGAAGGAUAUGUUCCGCAAGAACGCAGAGAUCAGCCAACCGUCCAACUAGACGAGAAGGAUUUGCUUGAUCAGAUUUGA